AUGAACAGGAGUCGAAAUUCUCUAUACACAAUUCGCAUACGUAGUAAUAACUACCAAGGCAAAGGAUGUUAUGACCUAGAGUGUCCAGGUUUUGUGCAAAUAAACAAGGAUACUUACCCUGGGGAAUCUUUGGAGAAUUUUUCUGUCUACGAUGGUCAACAAACUGAAAUACAUGUCAGCAUACAAAAGGACAAACAAUCAGGAAAUUGGUGGCUAACUGUUGAUGGAAGUGCAGUAGGAUAUUGGCCAUCAUCAAUCUUCACAAGUAUAUCAAAUGCAGCUGACUUUGUAGAGUGGGGUGGAGAGACUUUUCAUGCAAAAUUUGACAACGAUCCGCCACAAAUGGGAAGUGGACAUUUAUCUAGUGAUGGUUAUAAAAGAUCGAGUUACAUACGUGAUAUCAAGUAUACUAAUGUUUCUGGAACUGAAAUUAAUCCAACUCGACAAAGUUUUGAACCCAUUGUCACUUCACCAAAAUGCUAUGAUAUAAACUUGCACAAUAGAAUUGUAGAUCAUCAAACUCAAGUUUACUUGUUUUACGGAGGCCCUGGAUGUACAAUAUAGAAAAUUAGAUGCUAAUAACAGAAUUGCAGAAAACUAUAAUGUGCAUAAUAAUCAAGUGUGAUAAUAUUCUACCUUUUUGUGGGUUUGUACUCUUUAUUACUAUUGAAAGUUGUUUGCAAACACUCAUAAAAAUAAAGUUA